GCGGCAUUUCCGGGAGCGGUGAGGGCCGGCGGCGGAGCCAUGAGCUGGAUACCGUUCAAGAUCGGGCAGCCCAAGAAACAGAUUGUACCCAAGACAGUGGAGAGAGACUUUGAAAGGGAAUAUGGAAAGCUUCAGCAAUUGGAAGAUCAGACCAAAAAACUUCAGAAGGAUAUGAAGAAAAGCACAGAUGCAGAUUUGGCCAUGUCCAAGUCAGCUGUCAAAAUCUCUUCAGACCUGCUGUCGAAUCCCCUGUGUGAGCAGGAGCCCAGCUUCCUGGAGAUGGUCACAGCCUUGGACACAGCGAUGAAGAGGAUGGACUCUUUCAACCAGGAGAAGGUGAAUCAGAUCCAAAAGACAGUCAUAGAGCCUUUGAAAAAGUUCAGCAGCGUGUUCCCCAGCCUGAACAUGGCAGUGAAGCGCCGGGAGCAAACGCUGCAGGACUACAAGCGCCUGCAGUCCAAGGUGGAGAAGUACGAGGAGAAGGAGAGAACUGGCCCUGUCCUGGCCAAGCUGCACCAGGCCCGUGAGGAGCUGAGGCCAGUGAAGGAGGACUUUGAAGCCAAGAACAAGCAGCUCCUGGAGGAAAUGCCCAAGUUUUACAGCAGCCGCAUCGAUUACUUCAAACCCAGCUUCGAGUCGCUGGUGCGGGCGCAGGUGGUUUAUUACACGGAGAUGCACAAGAUCUUCGGGGAGCUGACGGCGCAGCUGGAGCGGCCGGGGCUGAGCGACGAGCAGCGGGAGCGCGACUGCGAGGCCAAGCUCAGCGAGCUCAGGGCUCUGUCCAUCGUGGCUGAUGACUGAGAGAGGGGCUGAGGAUGGGGAUCCCCCAGCCAAGCUGCUGCUCCCCUCCUCCAGCCUCUGCAGGGAUGGGUUUGGGAAGGUUUAGAGCCUUUUUCCCCCCCAACCUCUGCCAGGACAAGGGUUGCCUGGGGAGCACCAAAGUCAGGCUUUGCCUUAAACAGGUUGCAGGAGCUGAAAAUGGGGAGAAGGCUGGGUGCUGUUGGUCCUUCCCAGGCCCCAGCCUUGGCUCAGCACCCCCCAGCCCUCCCCACACCCAUCCUGGGCCCAGAUCCCUGCCAGGCUCCUUCCCUUUCUGGCAGGAGGAGGGGGCCACUGCUGCUGAGCCAUUCAUCUGGUGCCUUAGGAGCCCACUGCAAACCCCAGGAGAGGGGAAAAGCCUUCACGUUCUGUUUCUCGGAGGAGUGAUGAAAGGGCUGCACUUCCCUUGCUCAGCAUCAACGAUGCUGCACUCAGCAUCCAUCCUGUUUUAUGCAGGACCAGAGCUGGGGAGGGGGUGCACGACCCUGGCUGCCCACCCAGGGGUAGGGGAACCCCAGACCCCACGGGGUGCAAAGGGGGAAACGCACCCAUCCACGAGCAGAGCCUGGGAGGAGGGGAGGAGCUGGAGGUGACCGGAGUGUCCUGGCUGUUGGGAACACGGGGCUCCGCAGCUUCUGGGUGAAUAAAGUCUGUGGCCGAGCCGCUGCCGCCCUCUGCUGCCACCCAACAGCCACUGCCACGGCGGGAGGGGACCCCGGGGGGACACAAGUCCCCUCCCUGGGCAGCCACAGCCCCCAAACCCCCGGAACACCCUUGGAGGGGGAGAGGAUGAGUUUAUGGAAGGUGUUAAGGGGCUGAGGGGGGAGGAAGGAGCAGCCCCCAGAGAGGGAGCAGCUUACAAGGGCAAGAAAUGCAGCUUUAGAGGCAAAGAUGUGAAUUGGAUGCUC